AUGCGUCCCAAGGCGCGCCUGGGGCGGCAGGCAUGGCAGGAAGCGGUCAGCUUCCUUUAUGGACCGAGGGCGAGACCCAGCAUUGCCAGCUACACCUCCGUCACGUCUGCCUGCUCCAAGAGCCUCAAAUGGGCGCUGGCCGCCUCGCUCCUGGAAGAAGCCCAGCGCAGCCUGGAUCGAUCGCAGUGGAGAGAGGACGCGGCAGCCGCAGCCCCAACAAGGCAAUCGGUGCGGCCGUCGCUGCUGAAGAAUCGGGUGGCCAAGGACUUGUUGGCGCGGUUUGCCUUCGUGGGCAUCUUCAUCGUGGAGAAUGUGCUGCAUGCGGUGCAUUUCGAGUUCGAGGUGGACAACAUGGUACUGCCUGCCGUCGCCCCGCUGCCCCGGGAAUUCGCGGUGAGCCUUCAUUUGGUUCACAUCAUCUUCGGGCUCUUUGGCGCGGUCUUCGUCCUGGUCUCCGGCUUCGACACGGCAGGGCACACAGCGCUUACGAAGGGCACCUCCAUGAUGCUGGUCUUCAUGGGCACCAUCACCUGGACCUGGUGGAUCAACCGCCAGGGUGUACUUUAUUGGCACCUGGACGAGUAUCCGUUCUGGGACACCCGAUGCUCUGCGGACAAGCGGAACCGCACGGUGCACAUCCUGAAGAACAUCUCCAUCGUUGGAGCACUGACCAUCUACCAGCAGUUGGCGAAAUACGAAGCGCAGGACAUUGGCGGACCGCCAUCGUUCUUAGAAGGUCUGGUGACAGCCUUGCGGCCCUGGACCUUUGCAGCGAUCCUGGGUCCGCAGCUGGUGCUACUGGCGGCUCUCAGGUGCCUGCUCCACUUUGAGCUGCCGGGCUACGUCACAGUCUUCGCCCUAAUUCUGUCCCUCAUUGCAGUGCAAGCGACGGCAAAUUUGGUGAAUUCCUACAUGGACUUCAAGAAAGGCAUUGACAAGGCAGAGACUGCAGGCGAUCGAACUCUGGUGGACAAUUUGGUGUCGCCCUUCACGCUGAAGGCGCUCACAGCCUUCAGCCUAAGUUGUUGGCUCAGCUUCUUCCUGUGGUCCGUGAGCACCAAUUUCAGUUCCACCGUGCUGGGCUGGGCCACCGCGGGCACAGUCCUGGCACUAGGCUACACUGCUGGCCCGGCACCGCUGAAGUACUUGGGACUCGGCGACCUCACUGUGCUGAUCUGCUUCGGCCCCGGCGUCAUCGCCUACAGCUCCGCGGUGCUCAUCGGCUCGGUGCCCUGGGGCGGCCUGAUCUUCACGCUGCCGCCGGCGCUCUACGUCGUGGCCAUCCUGCACGCCAACAACUACCGAGACAUCGACAUGGACAGUCAAGCAGGUGCCAGGACUGUGGCGGUGGUCUUGGGUCCAAAGGCCUCUUUGAUCUACUACUACGCGCUGCUUCUGGGAUCUCAUGCACUUGCCUUAUUCGCAGGAUGGAGCUAUGGCUGUCACGGCACUGCCGCCACACUCUUCGUUCUGCCCCAGUCCUUAUGGCUCUGCUUCCGAAUACAUCGUCCUGCUUUGUUGAGGGACCAGGACGAGGAGACGGCCAAGACCAUGAUGAUGUUCAGCGUCGCCCUGGCAGUGGGCAUCAUCACAAUGCCGCAGACCAUCGCUGCUUUACCCAUGGCGGUCUCUGGUUUGGUGGUUUUCGUUUUGAAGGUCUUCGCCGAUUAG